GGCGCGGGCGGCGCCGGGCCUAACGGGAGGCGGCGCGUGAGGCGGAGCGGGGCGGGCCCAUGGCCUGGCCCUGGGGGCCGCCGCCGGCACAAGCAGAAUGAGUACGUGUUGUUGGUGUACCCCUGGUGGUGUCAAUGCCAGCCGUUUGCUACAAAGUUAUGCUUCUGAGGAGUUGUCCUCCAGUGAACUUACAGGAGCCAACGAUGACCUCUGCUACUGCGUGGAGUGUGUGGAUGAGUACCACAAAGCAAGGGAUAAGGUGCCAUCACUUCAAAAGAUCCUGUGGAAGUUGGAAACUUCUCGCCUUGUUGACCACUUGGAGAAAACAAUGCAGAAGAGAAAUGAACUUCCUGAUCUAUAUAUCAUAGAAGGGGACAAGGCCACACCUUGCUGUGCUUACACCAGUUCUGACUUGGAGAGAGACCUCAGUAUCCCUUUGCUCGAAAUAUUGAAACACCCGUAUCUGCUGCUCAGUGAGCGUCUGAGUGAGCUGUUUGUUGAGGCUCUCUUCGAAGUGGAGAAAAUCAACUACAGCUAUGAGGUUACUGGUAAACAUCCAGGGAUUUAUCUGCUUGUGGUUCACCCUAAUGAACAUAUCCGUCGGUGGGCCAUCCGAACAGCCACGAAUCUGGGGGAGGUGGACAGGGAUGACUACUACGACAUACAGGAAGUGUUCACCUGCUUGUUCAAAGUGAUCGAGUUGGGCUUGUUUGAAAAUCCUCAUAUUUAUAACUCCGCGGUGUCAGAGGAGGGAAAACUCAUCCUGUUGCCCCCCCAUCUCUAUGAUACCGGUGACCACAAAAGCUACUGGCUAGGCAUCUGUAUGCUGCUAACGGUGUUGGAAGAACAAGCUAUGGAUUCGUUGUUACUUGGUCCAGAAAAACAGAAUGACUUCAUGCAAUCCAUAUUGUCCACAAUGGAGAAACACACAGAUGAUGACAAGCAGGAUCCUUUCUGGCCAGCGCUGCAGUGUUUCAUGGUGAUCUUGAAUCGGCUGGGGUCCAAAGUGUGGGGUCAGCUGAUUGAUCCCGUCCAGGCAUUUCAAACCAUCGUCAACAGUCCAAGUUACAAGAAUAAAAUCAAACGCAUUCGCCAGAGUUGCAGGAGGACUAAAACUGAGCCAUUGUCUGACUAUGAAAAUGAGAUGAUUACUUCCAGCCAGAUUGUGUAUAACUACUACACAGAAAAGCCCCAAAAGGAAACUGGAUGGAAAACUGUUUGGUCAGAUUGCUUCCGCAACUUGCAUGAGGAUAUGCAAGCUUUGGCCAGCAUGCUUCAGUCUGACAGUGACCAAGAAGAGCAUUGGCACAGCAACACAUUUCUGUGGUUCAUCCCUUUUGUUCAUUCUCUUAUGGAUUUGAAAAGCGUAGGAGUUCCCUACAUCAUGGAGGUCAUCCGCUAUCUGUGUUCAGAAAUCAACGAGGUCUUCCGUGAAGCUGUCCAGUAUUGCGACAAAGUAUCUGAAAGCUUCAUUCUGAUACUGGUGUCGGUAGUUCAGCUCCAUUUUGCAAAAGAGUGCCUGCACUUGCUGUGGGUCAGCUCGCAAGCCUGGGUGGAGGCAGUGGUGAAAUGCGCUAAACUUCCAAGUGCAGCAAUUGUGCGCAGCAGUGAGGGGACUGCCUGGAACUUCCCAAGAGCUGCAGGGGCAAUCUCAUCUCAGGGCCAUUGCUCCGUGCAGCUCAUCUGCAUGAAGCUGAUACGUAGCCUCCUAAAGGAAGCUUACCAGCAAGGGCAGCAAGCCAGUUGCAAGUUCUUCCUUGACAAGCUCAAUUUACUUCUGCGCAACAAUAAUGUCUCUCAGGGCUGGCAGUUGAGCGCCGAGGACACGAGUGAAUUGCAAGUGUGUCUAAAGAAGUUCAUUAAAAGUAUCAACAGCAAACAGUUAACUCCUUCCUCCCAUGGAGGAAAUGCCACUGCUAGUAUUUCUUCAACUCUUUCUUCACUAAAGCAAGAAAAAGAAUCAUGGGAUGAGAGAUAUCCAGUGACUACAUCCUGUGAGCAGACUGCUGGUCUACCAUUAAGGAGGGAUGAAAGCUGCCAAGAAGGCCCAUCUCCCAAGAGAGUGGUUCAUUUGGGGGAGGAGCACAGGGAUGGCUCUUGUAGAGACCAAACUCUGUGUAAGACCUCAGAAUGCCUUGUGUCCAAUAUAAAACAAGAGCCAGACGAGAGGUCAGUACUGGAAGGUGGUAAGCUGGGCUGCUCCAACUUAGCAAAUGGACACAAGAAUGCCCAGAACAAAGAAUACUGUUGCCAAGACCUGGGAAAUCAGAGGGAGAGUGAUUCUUCGUACAAAAAUUACUUUAACCAAGGUUUCCAGGACCCAGAGACCAAAGAUAGGGAUGGAAAGGAGGUAAAGUCUAAAAGUUCUAAAUGCUUGCCUGUUCCGGAAAAAGAUCACGAUGGUAGGAGUGGCGGCAGUGGUUCAGAGGUAAAAACAGGUCAGAAUAACAUGUUAAAUGUCAAAGUUGUACUGGAGAAACUCAGCUUUACCUCCAAAUUAAAGCAGUUUAUUGAAAGUAAUAAGACAGGAACGGCCACAUCUGAACCAGAGGCAGAGAAGCAGCAGUGUCUCAAAGAUGGGAGCAGACAUCAGGAAGAGCAGACAAGCGGAAUUAUGGCCACUAGCUUGUCAAAUGUGCACAAACAAGAGUUGAGUUUAGGUGAUGCUUCUGAAGACAAGGAACUCUACCCAAAAAAGAUCUCCAAAGACGGGCUGGCAGAAUGUAGAGGUUCCUCCCAAGCAGAGGAUGAUUUGAAAGAGAGUAGCAGUGAUGAUGAAAACAUUCCAUAUUCAAAAAUUAGGAAGAAGCUGAGGAAAAAUAAAUCGGCUGUUGCAGCCAUCCCGUCGGCAGAUUCUCAGAUUGAUAGAGACCUCAGUAGACUGUCCCUAGCAGCGUAUGCCAAAGGAAUCAAUUUCCCUGUUGAUUCGGGCCAAGCAAGUGCUGUACGUGAGCAGAGCUGCAUUCAAAGGAAAGUCGGUGGUGCUUUUAGGUCCUGUUCUGGCGGGCAGAGCAACCAGUCGUCCUCUGAUACUGAUGAACCCUGCAAUCAAGUCAUAAUUAUUUCUGAUUCUUCUUCAGAUGAGGAUAAAAACAAAGUGAAUGUGACAAGAGAGCGAGAGAGAGAGAAAAGAGGCACAAGUCUUCAAAAGCAAUUCAGUUGUGAGCUUGAAAGUGCCAGAGGCCAAGAGCUAACCAGAACCUCCAGUUCCCCUCUGCCAUACGAAGACUAUGAUUCACAGUGCUUUGAAUUUGAAACUGAGGAUGACAUGUACUCAGUCUGGCAAGAGUACCAGGAGGAUGAGAAUGCGGCAGGCCACCCCGAGGAACAAGACCUUUCAAAAAACCCCAAAAGCAGCCAUUCACCAUGUGAUUUGGAAACUGGAAGACAAACCAAUGACCGAGAUUAUGAUACUGACUACCUUGGGGAAGAGGCCAUUGAAAGAGCAGCAGAGGCUUUUGAGCAACAGGUAAUCUUGAAGAGGAAAGAUAGUAAAGCUGAAGCAACACCUGAUGAAGAAACAGCUGUUACCAGUGGGAGGACAAAGCAUUUCGCAGAGAUGCAGGCUAACGACGGAGGAUGUUCCAGGCAUGACGGUCCACCUUUGCUCAGUCCUUCAGCAUCAAUAACUGCCCAUGAAAAAUCAAAUAAAAGGCCACGGAAAAGUUCAACAAAAUCCCAGCUGCUUAAAACAGCUAAUAAGAAAGCUGAGAAAGGAAAUGCCAGUCUAAAUGCUCACAACCGAAAAUCACCACAAAUCAAAUCUUCCAGGUCUGCCCCUGCUGUGGUCCCACCAAAAAAAAUUCACAAUUAUCCUCAGCCAAGAUCAACCGUGGAAAAACUUGGCCUGAAGAAAGCACCCCGCCAGGCAGCUGAACUCUCCCAGCGUUCGCUAGACAGUCUUGCUGAGCUGCGCAGCUACGGCAAAGCUGCGGGGGAGUUGGAUGUCCCGCAGCAAAGAAAGUCAAAAUUAAUUCCACCUCAGAGUUUGGUUCAUAAAAACAGGAAAAUGUUAGCCUGCCAAGAUCUACAGUUCUACCGGCAGUCAAGACCCAAACUGGAGGAGAGAGUUGGACGUACUCAUGGAAGAAAUUCUGAGACUCAACCCAAAAAACUAGUCAAGAAGGCAGAUGCAAAGCAGAGUGUCCCACAGGGUGCAAGUGGAGUUACUGAUGCAAUUCAGAAAGAGAGAGCUGAGUGCUUCAAUAACACCUCAGACAGAGAAAGGAAACAACAUUCACUAGAAAGAAAGGAGGUCCAGCCACCACCUGUCUCUGCAGUGAAGAAUGAAUUGCCCAGCCAGCCGACCAAUUUUGAUACGAAUGUUGCAGCAGCUGUUACUACUUUCCCAGGUAAUUUAGGUUCUGUUGUAGCUGGGGGUACUAAAAUGGACCUCGUGGUCUCCUCAUUUUCCUUCUCUAGCCCUUGUGAUGAAGCAGUUUCAAAAGAGACAGAAUCUAAAUUAAACAAGGACAGUGGAGAGGAUAAUGACCUUUUCUUAACACAGAGAGCGCCGGAGGAUAUGGAGAUAUGUUCUCAAAUGGAGAAUGGCAUAAUUGUGGAAGAAAGACCCUUGCAAGGUCACUACUUAAACACUGACACAUGCAAGCACGCCGGGUGUGUUGAAAAGGUUAGUCAAGCAGGAGCAUACUGCAUAAAGCAUGCUGUUGCUGUUCCGCUGGACCAUGUCUUUGCCAAGCCCCUUGCCCCCAAACCUCCAACAGCAAAGAUUUUUAGCUCCAGCUCUUCUAGGAGCGCCAACCUCACCAAGGACCUGGAACACAUUCACAAACCCUCACUGACUCCAAAGAGCAAACCUACGUUUAAGAUGGACGAUAUCAAGCGCCUCUCAUUUAUGAGCAUUCUUGGGCCUCGGAAUUCAAACAGCGACCUCCAGAAUGUGCCAAGUAACCAUAUUGCAGAAGCUGCUACGAUUCGGCUCACCUCAGGGAUUCGUGCUGGGCAAAAGAUGCACCCACCCUUCCCACAAGGAAACCAUUUUAACACCCAGAAGAGAGACCACAGCAUUUUCAACAAAGAGGUCCUAAAGUGGAACUAUGACAUGUUUGCAAGAUUCAGCCAGUUUGGGGUGCCAGAAAGCCUCCUUCAGUCAAUCGUGGCCGCUGUUCCAGUCAGAUUUCAGGGUUACAAUGACUACUUUGAUACAUUCUUCCCCUUAACGAUGCUGAAUGCUUUUGAAACGGUGGCACAAGAGUGGCAAGAGAAUCAGAAAUUGAAAGUGCAGAAGGAAUUUCUCCUGAAAUUAUUGAACCUCAGUGCGGACUCAAACGGAGCAGAUUUCACAGCUGACAUUCAGGAAAGGGAUCUGGAAAUUCAGGCGCAUCCCAAGGAAAGUGACUUGGUCUUCUUAAAGGUGUCCAGAAGACAAAACCCCUAUAGCGAAGAAGGUGGGAUGGAGAUCGUGCACGUUGGCCUGGUGACCCAUUUUUCCCAGCCAUCAGUCCGUGAAGCCACAGAGAAAAAAGAACAGCGAGUUGCCUGUCGCUUGUCUAUUCAGACCCAAGGGAGUUUGGCCUUCAUCAAUAAGGAAGUCAGAUGUGUGGUAGUGAGCUCUCUAGUGACAACACAGCGAAGGUUCAAGGCAUUACUUCUGCUCAGCCGAAGCCCUCUGUCCUCGUCUAUCUACAACGGAAGUUAUGCCAACUUCUCUCCAGAGGGCUUGAACGUGGACUCCGAGAAUGCUAUUUCUGACAUGGCUGAAUACAAUGAAGAUCAAAAGAGAGCCAUUGAGACAGCUUACACCAUGGUGUCAUCACCACUGCGUCCUCAAAUUUGCCUGAUCCACGGACCGCCUGGAACAGGGAAGUCCAAAACUAUCAUUGGACUUCUGUUCCGCAUCCUGGCCGAGAGAUCGGGGAAGGAGAAUCCCAUGCACAGCCUGAAUGCCAAGAUUAAGCGGAACCGUGUGCUGGUUUGUGCACCAUCCAAUGCUGCUGUCGACGAUUUGAUGAAAAAAAUAAUUCUUUUCUUCAAAGAAAAAUGCCAGGACAAAGGAAAUCCUUUAGGAAACUGUGGUGAUAUCAACUUGGUGAGGCUGGGGCAAGAAAAGUCAAUCAGCAAAGAGGUCCGAAAGUUCAGCUUGAAUGACCAAAUCAAGUACCGGAUGAAUAGAGGGAAGCUCGGCAAUGACCAGGAUCUCCACCGAAGGAAGGAAGAACUGGACCAGAGGCUGGACAUGCUUUCUCGCCAGCGUGCGAUGGAGAGAAAGGAGACCGAGAAGAAACAACAAUUAGAUGAGGAGAUCUGCAAACUUUCAAGGGAGAGAGAGCGGCUUGCUCAUCAACUGAAAGAGGUCCGGGGAUGGCCUCAGGAGAUGAAAACGAACAUAAUCCUGGAGUCUCACAUCAUCUGCUGUACCCUCAGCACAAGUGGUGGGGUGCUGCUAGAAUCGGCUUUCCGGAAGCAGUCCUAUAACUCGCUCAGCUGCAUCAUUGUGGAUGAGGCAGGACAGGCUUGUGAGGUUGAAACUCUCAUUCCGUUCAUUCAUGGCUGCCGAAAGCUUGUCCUGGUUGGCGACCCCAAGCAGCUCCCUCCUACUGUGAUAUCUGUGAAAGCUCAGGAUUACGGUUAUGACCAGUCUCUGAUGGGUCGGCUGUGCAGACACCUGGAGGAGCAAGUGCAGCAGAACGGGAUCAGGGAACUCCCGGUCCUGCAGCUGACCACACAGUAUAGGAUGCACCCAGACAUCUGCCUCUUCCCCUCCAAUUAUAUCUAUGGCCGCUCCCUGAAAACUGACAGGCUAACAGAAGAAAAUCGAUGCUCUUCAAAAUGGCCAUUCCAGUCAUAUUUGUUGUUUGAUGUGCGAGAUGGCCAGGAGCUACGGGAGAGUGAUUCCUUUGCAAAUCCCCAGGAAGUCAAGCUGGUGAUCGAAUUAAUGAAGGUGAUUAAGCACAAAAAGAAGCAAAUUGGCUUCCACAACAUUGGAAUCAUCACCCCAUACAAUGCACAAAAAAGGAGAAUCCUGAGAGAGUUGGAUAAAACCUUUGGGGAAAACAGAGCUAGCGAAGUGGACACCGUGGAUGGGUUCCAGGGCCGUGAGAAAGACUGCAUCAUUGUGACCUGCGUCCGAGCAAACAGCACCCAAGGAUCCAUCGGGUUUUUAAAAAGUCUCCAGCGCCUGAACGUCACAAUUACACGAGCCAAGUACAGCCUCUUCAUCCUUGGACAACUGAAAACGCUCAUGGACAACAAAGACUGGAAUGAGCUGAUUCAGGAUGCUCAGAGGCGGGGCACGAUUGUCAAGACCAGCCAUGACAGCUACAAAAAAGAUGCCACAAAAAUCCUGAAGCUCAUGCCUAUGCCCCAGAGGACUCGUUCCUUGCCCGGUGGUGCCAUGCCAGAGAGAACUCCACAAGGGCCAGCAGGCACAGUUAGCAAUGAGCAGAAAGAAGUCUCCAGCCACAAAGACAGCAAUUCUUGGCAACACUCAGUCAACACUUGCACUUCAGCAGAAGUUAGCCAUCGGUUCCUGGGUCUCCCUGGGUCUCACAUCUCCUCCCAGAAACCACCCCUCUCUCACCAGAUGAAGUCUGCCCAAGAGAGGCCACAGGACCCACGGCUGGCUCGAAGGGCACAGGCAGAGCAGGCUUGCAUGGACAAUAGAAAUCCUGCACCGAGUGGUUCAGGGGUGGCAUUGCCACGGGGCCUUGAUGCUCCUCCAGGGCAGAGAAAUUGUAGCAAUAACAUACGGCCAGUAGCCUGUAAGACAGAAGCGCCCGGGAAACCUGUCGCCACCACAGAGACAAAGAGACUGGGCAGAGGGGACCAGCAUAACCAGCCAGAGUGGAAGAAAGGCCAGGACUGCGUCUCCAGGGGCAAAAAGGCUUCCGAAGAUGCCCUGGAGAGCGGAAGUCUAGUGGCUGCCAAGAAGCGAAGGACCACCUACUAGCUUCCCGGUCUCCCCUCUGCAAUUGUGGGUAUGGGGGGAGACGUUGUUCCUCGUUCUUUCCACAACCUGCGGGCUCUGCUCCUCUCUGUAAGAAUGCCUUUAGCGAGUGUUCGUGCCGAAAGAUAGAUUAGAUGCUCCUGAUACAAACGGCAGCCACAGGUUUGAAAUCCCACACUGUAAAUUUUUAAAGUAUGUAUAUUUGUAUAGCAUUUGGGGGCUGGAAUGGAUUGGCGGGUAGCCACAGCUCAAGCUCUUGCCCACUGGCACCCGCAGGACGAUGGCCCGUCCUGGCCCCGGGAACUCCUGCCCAAGAAGGUCUUCAGCUGUGGCUGCCACCCUGUUUCCUUCAGCCCUAAGAUUUCACCUCUUGAGCGUGAUGCUUAUUUCUUUGGCCACCUUUGGAUCCUUUUUGAUAUUGAAGAAAUACGUUUCCCAAAAUAUAUAGCAGUAUAUUUAAAUUUAAAAGAACCCUCACAUAAUGUGCUCAGUAUGUUUUGCAACAGGGAAUUUUCACACAAGUGCCUUUUUUCCCCUUUUUUUAAAAAUUCCAAGUAAUGUGUGGGUACGUUGUGGAAGACUCCCAAAUGACAAUGAAUGUUGAGCAGAAACUAUGUUCUGCUGACUGGCGGCACUUUACAGCUCCUUUUUCUUGGGAGGGGGGGUGUUCCUCCAUUUUUGUAAUUUUUUUCUAAAGGUUGCAAAGUAGUGGGCCCUAGUUCUCGCGGUGACUGUGUGAUUUCUUGCUGUUGCAAACAUCAGGGUGCUUGCCAAGAUCCCCACCCAGUCCCAUCACGAGGGGACUGAAACGCCAUUCCUGCCAGCAGGGAGGCGAGAUUCCUACUCCACAUCUGCCACCAUCCUCUGCUGUUCAGGCGCCCCCAAGGGCCAGCCUCAGGUUGUGGCUCCUCCCACCCCCGCAGAGCCCUGCUUCCCUCUUCAGUGUGACACCCAUUAGUUGGACAGGAUUUUAAAUUACAAAUUCAGAAUAAUACUUGCUUCCUCUACGCAGAACAUGUAGAGACAAAAGGCCAAGUUAUAAGUAUGUCAAGAGAGCUGUUACUUUUGCUGUGUUGUGUAAAUAAAAUGAAAUAACCUUUUUUUUUAAAAGAACCAAGCAAACAAAAUACACAAAUACAACAGAA